GAGGUGGCCGUAUGACAUUUAAAAAAAAACAACACAGCGUAAGGUGUUAUCGUUGGAUAUGAAGUCCAGUGAUAAGAUAUAUGUCAGUGACUGCUUUAUUGACUUGUAAAGUGCGUGCGAGGCAGUCACUACCUAGAAAACAUUCCAAAGUGCAGUUUCAGCAUCCUAUACAGACUUUUUGCUAGGGAUGUCGGAUGAGGAUUUAAUGGACCUAUGGCAACACAACAAAGCGUUGAUAGCAACAGGGGCGGCCACUCUAGCAGGAGUGGCAACUUUCGCUUACCUGUUCUCAGGGACAAGGCAAACACCUGUGCCUAGACCAUCCAUUGAUUUGAACGAUCAGUCUGUGAUCAUCGAUGGGAAGCCUUAUCACAGAGCCUCUAAACUCAGUAAACCGCCUGACUUUUUCCAAAGGAAGUUUCCAAUACCCAAUGUGAAAAUUGUUAGUGAUGUCCUGGAGCUGGGCAAAAAAGCAUCAGAUAAUGGACAUUGUCUAGGAUCUAGAGGGGGCAAAGGCACACCGUACGAAUGGUUGUUAUAUCAACAGGUUAUCGACCAGGUGAAACAGUUCGGUGCAGGCUUAAUUCACAAAGGGAGCAAACCAAAGAAUACCACAUUCAUUGGAAUAUUUGCCACCAACAGACCACAAUGGACCAUCGCUGACUAUGGGUCACAUUACUACUCCAUGGUACCAGUCCCUCUCUACGACACACUAGGCAAGGACGCUUGUCAGUAUAUCAUCAAACAAUGUGAGAUUGAAGUGGUGGUCGUGGACACUGAAGACAGGGUGCGGAUGUUGGCCCAAAUGAAAAAAUCCCUGCCGACUCUGAAGAGGAUUAUCAUGAUAGAAGACUUGUCUGGCGAAAUCAAGAAACAGGUGGAGGAGUUGAGCAUUGAAAUCUUAAGGUUCACAGAUGUCCUGGAAAUUGGAAGAUCUCAUCCCCAGCCGUUAUCUCCUCCCAAACCUGACGACAUUUACUCCAUCAUCUACACAAGUGGCACUACAGGUGACCCAAAAGGAGUUGUUCUUACUCAUUACGGGUUUCUGGCCAUGGUUCAAAGUAUGUUGCUUCAGUCUAAGCCUACCUUUGAAGGUCAUUGUGAUGACGUCUACUUGUCUUAUUUACCACUGGCCCACAACUUUGACAGAGCUUGUCACAUUCUAAUGUUCAUGUGUGGUGGUCAGAUUGGCUACUACAGCCGUGACAUCCGGCUGCUGACUGACGACCUGAUGACACUCAGACCCACACUGUUCGCUACUGUGCCUAGAGUUCUCAAUCGUUUGUAUGAUACAGUUUAUGCUGAAGCCAACAAGUCCAGAUUAAAAUCAGCCCUUCUGAAUUGGGCGGUGUCCAGUAAACAGAGAGAGAUAGAGAGGUUUGUUUACCGCAAGGACAGCAUUUGGGACAAGUUGAUUUUUCACAAGGUUCAAGAAAAACUUGGCGGGAGAAUACGCAUGGUCCUGACGGGCUCCGCUCCACUGUCACCACAAGUUUUGACUUUCCUCCGAUGUGCUCUGGGAUGUGUGGUUGUUGAGGGAUACGGACAGACAGAGACUGGAGCUGGCAUUAGCAUGAGUUUACCUGGGGACCCAAGUGCAGGUUCUGUGGGUCCUCCUCUGCCAGGCAGUCACAUCAAGUUAAUUGAUGUCCCAGAGAUGGACUAUUUGGUUAGGGACAACAUCGGAGAGAUCUGUUGCAAAGCAGACUUCCUGAUGAAGGGCUACUACAAGGAACCCGCCAAAACUGCAGAGGCGUUGGAUGCGGAUGGGUGGCUUCACACUGGAGAUGUUGGGACAUGGCUACCAAAUGGCACAUUGAAGAUUGUGGACAGGAAAAAAAAUAUAUUCAAAUUGUCUCAAGGUGAGUACAUUGCCGCUGAGAAGAUAGAGCAAGUGUAUCAAAGUAGUCCUUUCGUAUCCCAGGUCUUCGUUGAUGGAGACAGUUUGAAGCCUGUGCUCAUGGCAGUGAUAGUUCCAGAUCAAAUCUUCCUUGAAACCUGGUGCAAGCUCAAUGCUGACCAAAACCUGCCAUCUAGUUUGACAGACUUCUGCAAGCUAAAUAAAGCUAAAGAUACUGUUUUAGCUGAUCUAUUGAAUCAAGGAAAGAAAGCUGGACUAAAAGGCUUUGAGCAGGUGAAAGAUAUUUACCUGGAGAAAGACCCAUUCACUGUAGACAACAAACUUUUGACACCGACCUUCAAAAACAGACGACCGGAAUUAAGAAAGAAAUACAAGAGAGUCCUAUCUGACCUGUACAGCAGGAAUGGCUUUUAAAGGAGUGUUGGCCAAGACAGACAACGGCAUUGACUUAUGAAGACAUGUUGGAUUGUAGACUAACAAAUAUUUAGUAGCUUGACAUUGUUCUGAGCAUAUUUUUUUCUUCUCUUUUCAACUGGACAAAGUUGUACUACUAAUAGAUGUAUUUAAUGUGUACAUGGGCGUGAACUAGUAUGUCACCUGACAUUCAAAUGAAAUGUCAUGAUAUUUGCUCAACUUAUUUUAAUACCAGUAUAUAUGUAUAUACUUUCAUAUACCUACAAAGAAUGGUAUUGAACAUUAUGAUGCAUAUUUAUUGACUAGCCCCUAUUGCAUGGUCAUUAGGAGCGGUCUUCCGUGUUAUUUUGAUGAGGGAAGUAACAGACUGAGAUGGUAUAUAUAUAUAUAUUAAGAUGCUAAAAUAGAAACCUAUAUUAAACACCAGCCAUUUUAAAAUGUAACUGCUCGAGUACUAGAAUUAAUAGUCAAUUUAGAUUGAGAAUACUAAUUACAAUAAUAAUAAUAUAAUUCCUAAAAUAUUUAUUGUUUGUUAUCAUCUUUGGGCUAUCUUAUCUUAUAUGAUACAGACGUUACUUCAAGAGUGAAGAUGAUUACGUCAUGCAUAUUAACCAAUGACCUAAAUCGAUAAACACUUAUGAUACAGUUUAUUAAUGUUCUGUAUCUUUUACAACGAUAUUUUGUAUUUAAAUAUGCAAUAUUCAUUCCAUAAUAAACUCUUUUUUAUUAAAGACAAAAUC